CUCUGGAUGUUCUGGGUAGUCUGAGGAGGAGAGUAUGAGGCGAGCUCCGGCCCGGGCGCGGCCGGGCUUCGGGGGCGAGGGCGCCGCCGCCAUCUAAGCCGCCGUGCUCGCGAGGCCCGGCGCGCGGACGAUGCUGGUGCGGCUCGGGUGUUGAUCCGCGUGUCCCCUCCCCCUUCUCCCCUCCCCCACGCGGUGGUCUCCCCUCCCGCCCCGGCCCGGCGGAGCCAUGUCUCGGGGUGGCUCCUGCCCACACCUGUUGUGGGACGUGAGGAAAAGGUCCCUCGGGCUGGAGGACCCGUCCCGGCUGCGGAGCCGCUACCUGGGAAGAAGAGAAUUUAUCCAAAGACUGAAACUUGAAGCAACCCUGAAUGUGCAUGAUGGCUGUGUUAAUACAAUCUGUUGGAAUGAGACUGGAGAAUAUAUUUUAUCUGGCUCAGAUGACACCAAGUUAGUGAUUAGUAAUCCUUACAGCAGAAAGGUUUUGACAACAGUUCGUUCAGGACACCGAGCCAAUAUAUUUAGUGCAAAGUUCUUGCCGUGCACAAAUGAUAAGCAGAUUGUUUCCUGCUCUGGGGAUGGAGUAAUAUUCUAUACCAAUGUUGAGCAAGAUGCGGAGACCAACAGACAAUGCCAAUUUACGUGCCAUUAUGGAACUACCUAUGAGAUUAUGACUGUGCCCAGUGACCCGCACACUUUCCUCUCGUGCGGUGAGGAAGGGACUGUCCGGUGGUUUGACACGCGCAUCAAAACCAGCUGCACAAAAGAAGAUUGCAAAGAUGACAUUUUAAUUAACUGCCGACGCGCCGCCACAUCAGUCGCCAUUUGCCCACCAACACCUUAUUAUCUUGCUGUCGGCUGUUCAGACAGCUCAGUACGAAUCUAUGAUCGGCGAAUGCUAGGCACGAGAGCCACAGGGAAUUAUGCGGGCCGAGGAACGACCGGGAUGGCUGCCCGUUUUAUCCCUUCCCAUCUUAACAACAAGUCCUGCAGGGUCACGUCUCUGUGCUACAGCGAGGACGGCCAGGAGGUUCUCGUUAGUUACUCCUCAGAUUAUAUCUAUCUUUUCGACCCGAAAGAUGACACGGCACGAGAGCUGAAAACUCCUUCUGCAGAAGAAAGAAGAGAAGAGUUACGACAGCCUCCUGUGAAGCGUUUAAGACUUCGUGGUGAUUGGUCAGAUACUGGACCCCGAGCAAGGCCUGAGAGUGAACGAGAACGAGAUGGUGAGCAGAGUCCCAACGUGUCGUUGAUGCAGAGAAUGUCUGACAUGUUGUCCAGGUGGUUUGAAGAAGCGAGUGAAGCUGCACAGAGCAGCCGAGGACGGGGGAGGUCUAGACCCACAGGUGGAACGAGCCAGUCAGAUGCUUCUCCUCUUCCUGCCGCCCCAUCACGUUCUGAUUUGGAAGUGGGUGAGACUGCAAUGGAGGUAGAUCCUUCAGCCGAACAAGUUCUUCAGCCUUCAACAUCCUCUGCAGCGUCAGCUCAGGCUCAUUCGACAUCAUCUUCUGCAGAAAGCCCUCGUUCUACUUCUUUGCUGUCUUCUCCAGAUAACGAACAAAGGCAGGCUGUUGAAGCAUCUGGACGCCAUACACACCAUCAGUCUGAUUCUCCUUCUUCUGUGGUUAACAAACAGCUCGGAUCCAUGUCACUUGACGAGCAACAGGAUAACAAUAAUGAAAAGCUGAGCCCCAAACCAGGGACAGGUGAACCAGUUUUAAGUUUGCACUACAGCACAGAAGGAACAACCACAAGCACAAUAAAACUGAACUUUACAGAUGAAUGGAGCAGUACUGCCUCAAGUUCUAGAGGAAACGGGAGCCACUGCAAAUCUGAGGGUCAGGAAGGAUCCUUGGCCCCACAGAGCCCUGUGCUGCCACCAGCAGACAGUGAGACAAAAGCUCUUGAGGAAUCAUCAGAGGAUGCGACAGCAUGUCAAGAAGAUACACCUGCAGAAAACACACCUCAGAACCCCGUAGAUAUAGCACAAUCAGAUAAGUUCACAUCUGAGCCGCUGGAUUCCUGCUCAGGAGAAAGAAAUGACUUCAAUCUUGAUAGCUCUUGUGGGGUUAUAGAAGAAUCUACGUUGUCUGAACAAGACAAGGAACCAGAAACUUCAGAUCUAACUAGCACUGAAGGUGCCACCAAUCAGAAUAGCACUACUUCUGAGCCUCAGUCACAAACAGAAGCUGUCGGCCCUUUGGCUCAAGAGGAAACAUUAGCGGGGGACUCGGCUCUCCAGGACACAGACGAUAGUGAUGACGACCCAGUCCUGAUCCCAGGUGCAAGGUAUCGAGCAGGACCUGGUGACAGGCGCUCUGCUGUUGCCCGCAUUCAGGAGUUCUUCAGGAGGAGAAAAGAAAGGAAAGAAAUGGAAGAACUGGAUACUUUGAACAUUAGAAGGCCGCUAGUAAAGAUGGUUUAUAAGGGCCAUCGCAACUCCAGGACAAUGAUAAAAGAAGCCAAUUUCUGGGGUGCUAAUUUUGUGAUGAGUGGUUCUGAUUGUGGCCAUAUCUUCAUCUGGGAUCGUCACACUGCUGAGCAUUUAAUGCUUCUGGAAGCUGAUAAUCAUGUGGUGAACUGCCUGCAGCCACAUCCGUUUGACCCAAUUCUAGCCUCAUCUGGCAUAGAUUAUGACAUAAAGAUCUGGUCACCACUAGAAGAGUCCAGGAUUUUUAACCGAAAACUUGCUGAUGAAGUCAUAACUCGGAACGAGCUCAUGCUGGAGGAGACUAGAAACACCAUCACGGUCCCAGCCUCUUUCAUGCUGAGGAUGCUGGCCUCACUGAAUCACAUCAGAGCUGACCGGCUGGAGGGGGACCGGUCGGAAGGCUCCGGGCAGGAGAACGAAAACGAGGAUGAGGAGUAACCAGCCCUUCUCGGCAAAGCGCUUAGACGGCCUGGAGUUCGUACCAGACACGUAGUGGGUUUUUUCUUCACGGAGCUUCAGUGCGAUGCGCAGGUGACGGCGUUGUGGCGUUUCUCCCUGUCCUGGGGGUAACCGGACAUGGGUUUGGGACGACCGUGUGCAUGCAUUUGGGAGAGUGUGUAAAACAAAACUAGCAAAAUGUUUUAAAAACUUUUUGCCACGUGUGAGGAGUGCUAGAAAAUGCAAAGUGCAAUAUUUUCCCUGAACCUUCAGAUACGAGAGCUUGGAUCAGUGUGGAAGAGUAAUUUUCAUGGUAGUGAAAAUGUUGGUUCAAAUAAAUUUCUACACUUGCCAUUUGCAUGAUUGUUGCUUUCUAAUAAAAGAAGUUGGUUGUUUUAAGAU